UUUUUUGUUUGUUUUUUUAUACUGCAGGUUCUUAUUAGUCAUCAGUUUUAUACACAUCAGUGUAUACAUGUCAAUCCCUAUCGCCCAAUUCAGCACACCACCAUCCCCACCCCACCGAAAAUAGAUUUUAAACUAAAAUAUAUAAAUUUUUGACUGAUCUAUAUGACUCUGGGUUCUGAAACAUGUCACAUGCAUGAUACAUAACACACAGUGUCAGCCCCAGGAGAGCGAAAACACUCCAAUGAAGCAAGCCAAAGAAACAAGUUUCAAACAAGGUAAAGUGAUGUGUAGACCAGGAUUUUUCAAUUCUUUCCUGUCAUGCUGAAGCUUCCCUCUCCUGAAUAACAACACGUUUCCCUUGCCCUAGACACCCAAGAGUAUGUCUCCUCUCUUGCGCAUAAGAAUCUCUAGAGUUACAUAUGUGUAGUAAAGAGUGGACCCAGCUGGCAUACUCACAAUGACCAAAUUGUGUUGAUCGUACUUUAAACCAAUACAUCGCUCCACGAUGAAGUUGCAAUAAAUGAUAUAUUUGCUUUCUAGACAUGAAUGAGAUGCCUUACUGGAUAUACUCCAGGAAUGCCAGAGAAACUGGAAUAAUUUACUGGUGAAUUUCUUCCGGAUAGCCCAUGGUUUAUCUAGAAUAUAAUCUUUGCAUAUCUGGAUCCUUCAAACUAGACCAAAGGGAAAAUCUGGGCUGCAAGCUUCAAUUAGAAAUGUGGUAUGCUGCUAUGCUGACAACGGGUGCUCCCUGACCUGUAUCUUCUGAGACCAGAACCCAGUGUGGUGGAUGAGCAAUUCAUGAGUUGAACAAAAGAAGACCUCCUACAGGGCAGUGUAUGUGUUCAUUACAGGUAUGGCACUUAGGGUUAAGUACCAUAAGGACUACAAGAAACAAACAAACAAAAGUAACACAUGAAGCAUAUAUGAUAAAGAGGCACCACAGUCCAGAGCACAGCUCUGGAAUCACACAGGCUUGGUUCGAAUCCUAGCUCAGCCACUACCAUCUGUAUACCCUGAAGAACAGUGGAAAGUUUAAAUGUUGUUUUAUCAAAUUUCGAAAAAGAAGUGAAGAAAGAACCUAUCUGCCAGGAAGGGACCUCGUGGGGUGCAGCAUCCAGUCGGGUCAGGCUCUGCAUCUCCUGCUCAGAAACCUUCGCCGCCUGGCUCAUGGUGAUGCUGGCAGCUGAGCAGCCCUGGAGAAGGUGCUCCAGUCUCCAGGCCUCGCAGCAAAGCUGGGGAGGUCCCCGGAGGAGGCUGGCCACACCCUGGCAAGCUCUGGGUGCCUCCUGCACUCAACUCUGAGCAGGCUCUGGCCUCUGGACCUCUUGCGGGGGAAGGGCUGGCCGAUACAUACGCAGUGAUGAGGGGCCUGCAGAGCCGGUGCCCAGGCAGGGUGAGCUCUGGAGAAGGCUUCCACAGUCCCCAACAGUCUCCGCAUGGUGGCCCAUCCGGUGCCAAACACCUUCCACCCACAGCGAGAAGUCCCAGCCACUAUAAAGUCCAGAAGGGGUCGGGCUCUGGGCCCCCGCCCUUUGCCCUUGGGCCGGGGUUUCUCCAGAGGCUGGCCUUGCAUGCGCCCCCUGCCCCACCCGCCCUUUCUCUGUGACAGGUAAAAUGGACAUGUUACAAGCGCCAAGCUGAGCCAUCCAGUGUCCAGUGCGUACUAGACCUUGAGAGGAGGUGAAGCUAGGGAGAAGCUCUCCCAGUUUCACACUCUAUUCUCGGACCGCUUGGUGCACAACCGGUUCUACAUGGGCAAUUUACUUUGUAAAUUUCGUACCUGGCUCCGCAGCCGCUGGCCCCACCGACCCCAGUGCCCGCCCCGCCGUGGGGCCCCGGUGGGCUGGCACCCGCUGGUUUUGCCCUCCUGGGAGGCUGCCACAUCUGACCGGGACCACCCCGCUGCUCCAGAGCCUGCCUUCUCCCCUGGUCGCAGGCUGUCCCACCGGGAUCUAGUGCCUUUAUCGCAUGGCUUUUACAUCGCACCAGAAAGGCAGUAUCCCAUCCAGCAGGCCACAGGCCAGGAACUCCCGGCUGGGGAUGCUUCCCUUGGUGAACUGGAGGGACUCGCCAAAGAAGCCCGUGCUGUCUGCUCAUAAUUCCAUCAUGUUCGGCCACUCGAGAGCCAUCAAGAUUCCUCCACUGGGGCACAAAUUUACCCUCCUGCGUUCGCCACCUGAGCAAUAUGCGAUCCUGAGCCAGUGGACCUCCUUCCCGAUUCCUCCUCAGAAAGCCAUGUCAUCUGCUCAGAUGGAGAUCCUGGAGAUGUCCUGCCUGCUUGGAAGCCUGAGUCCCAUUGCCAUUGUGUCCUCUGCUCCAACCGCAUGCUGCUCCCUGCUGCUGGAGAGGCCAAAAAAAGAAGUGCUGGGUGAAGACAACCGGCCCAAAUCACCAGGCUCACUGAUGUCUGGAAAGGAGCUGCAGCGUGAAAAAUCUUCAGACAUCCCAUCAAGAAGCUCCUCUUCCCUGGUAUCUACCAGCAGUAGGCCCUGCAAGCGGAAGAUUCCCCUGCCGCUUUUUCUGCUGCUGCCGGGACUGAGGUCGCCCCUGCCGCUGACAAGGGAUCGAGAACCUGUCUCGCCAAGCCGUGGCUGGAAGAAGCUCUGGAUACAGAUCAGGGGCAGAGGGUUGUCAGGAGCGGCGCCCAGUCCACCCCGCGGAGGCGGUCGGCGUUAAGUCCAGCAGGCCCUCCCGCAGGGAGGCGCGCACGGCGGGCAGAGGC